UGUCAACAUUGUGGUACUUCCGGAAAAAUCAAAACAACAAUGGAAGAUAAUAAUGAAGAAUACCAUGAUGAUCAUGAUCAUGAUGUGAGAAGGUUAAGAUCAAGUGUUUUAUCAAGAAAAUCUACAGAUGAUGAAAAUUCAAACUCAAAUGACGGGAAACAUGAGGAAUCAUCGAGUAAACACUUAAGGAUGUUGCAGUUUAAGAAUCCAGGCAAGUUUAUGGAGGACUUUGAUCCAGAAAGAAGUGCACGAGAGAUGAGGAAAAUGAACAGACGAAUUUAUAGAGAAAACAUUAAGAAGAACCAGGUAUAUGAUGAGAAUGGGAUCCUGCUGGAGAACAGCCAGGACUUGUGUGACUGUCUGGACAUCAUCUGUAAGGGCUGCCACUUCCCCUGCCCAAAAUGUGGCUCCAUGAAAUGUGGUACAGAGUGUCGGUGUGGAAGAAAGUGGAUCUAUGAGCAUGUGGAGGUAGAGGGAACGAACCUCUUGUUGAAAUGGCCAGCUUUAGAAAACAAGUGGUGAUUCUGGUCGCGGUUCAUUUGUUGGCAACAUGGUCGAUGGUAGCAUUGAUAACAUGGUCGAUGGUAGCAUUGAUAACAUGGUCGAUGGUAGCAUUGAUAACAUGGUCAAUGGUAGCAUUGAUAACAUGGUCGAUGGUAGCAUUGAUAACAUGGUUGGUGGCAGGCAUUAGUUUAACUGGUGGGAAGAAGUGGUAGGCAGCAUGAACCAGUAUCACACAUGAGAGAAGAAGAAAUGAACGUAGUUCAAAUAUGGGCCUUUUCCUGAACACUAAUUCUCUUUGUGAGAGAUUGGUUCAAAUUCCUUCAAUCAAGAUAUUGGAAUUAUUAUGAAUCACAGACAAAGACAAUUGUUUUUCUCAAUAGAAUGUUAUUUUUAUUCAUUAGAUUAACAUUUACAGACAGUACAAUUCACAAAUAAAUGAAUGUAUAACAUUGUAAA